CUUUAGCAGAGGCUGGGGCAGGGCAGCAGCAGUCUGCAGCAAAUCUACCAAAGAGCUAGAGCUUCACAUAGGAUCCUACACCACCCAUACCUUCAUUCCGUUCCUCUGUAACUCACUAAGUGCUAGCUCCCUCUUCUAUCACAUACACCACAUUUGCUACUUUGCAUUUGCCUCUGUUUUUCGGUCUCCAUGGGAUUUUAGCAGCUCUGAAAGAGAAGUUUUCAUCACUUUUGUAAAUACUGCAAUAGGCAGUGUGGAGGAGACGACUAUCCCGGUCAUGGCCAUUAACACAGAUGCCCAGUAUGAGAAGACUCUCAGCGGAUCAGGUAACCCUUUACCUGCAGAUGCUCACGAAACUGAGAAACUCCUCACAUCUGCCUCUGAGACAAAAGAAGAGAAUGGCAUGAAGAAGUCCUUCUCCGUUACCAUGUCCAGCGAAAAGUCUAUAGGAGACCUGGACCAGAAUGGGCACAGUCUGCCCUACAAGUCAGUUUCUGCAGGACAACUGGAGUCUGCUCCCCUAUCACCUUCCAGGGGCAGCCUUGCCAGGGCUUCCUCAACAGCCACCACCACCGCCCAGGAGCAAAACAGGCCCACUGACUAUCUGGUUUUGGCCAUCUUAUCCUGUUUUUGUCCUGUUUGGCCAGUCAACAUAGUGGCUCUGGUCUUCUCCAUCAUGUCACGGAAUAGCAUGCAGCAGGGUGAUAUGGAUGGAGCCCGGAGAUUGGGACGCUUGGCCAGACUACUGAGUGUUGUAUCUAUCUUGCUGGGAAUUGUCAUCAUCAUCCUCUUCAUUCUCAGUUUAACAGUUUUCCACUAAGAUUUGCUGAUGAUAUGAGGCUCAGAUGGAGAUCCAGAAAUGGCCUGCCUUAUCGUUUCCUUCAAUUUUUAACCUCUUCAUUGCAAAAAGGCCCUUCUAUUUUGGAGGCUGGCUGGAGGAAAGAACAGGCCCAGCUCUUCCCAAGGAUUGCAUGCAGCACUUUACACGCCCUUGGGAAUUGAGAGAGAUGCAGGAGAACAGCACAAAAUGAGAAGGACUUGCAAAAAGGGGAAAUAGAGAGAUGCCUUGAUGUUACCCUCCUAUCAUAUAAACCUACAGAUGGACAAUUUUCGGAGGGGCGUCCAGGGACUGGCAAUCAGGUGAUAGCACAACUCCUUUUUUAUUUACAGCUUUUGUAUCAAAGGAAUGAAAGCUAUUGUCUGUAUUAAAUAAUAAAGCUGAAAACUGCCAUAUCAAGGGUUGCGAUUAGGAAAGGACUAGACUCUGCACCGUGCUGUGUGACCUCCCCCUGGUUUGGAUGAUGCUGCUUCCUUGCUGACGAAAUGGAACAGGACUUUGAAUCUCUUUUUUAGCAUUUUUUCAUGGGUUGUUUAAAACACAACAUAUGCAGAAAACUGCGGCUAACCAUUUGCAUGGUUGCGUGUUCUCCUUGAUCAAUGCUCCUCUUCUCCUUUGCUUGGCAGCAGUCUGUCGCUGUGAUAUUCUUACAAGUUCAGGGGGUUAUUGAGAUGGUUACGAGCAUACUUGGCAUUUGUAGGAAAUUACUCAGAUAUAUGCAGUAGCUACUGCUGCCAUGUAUUCAUUCCUUAAAAUUCAAGUCAAGAUAAGAACCACCUAAUAUGCAAGAGAUGAAUCUCAGGAGAUGGAAACAGAAAGGUCACAAGUUCUAUUUCUUUCUCGCCUUUCAGUUUAUUAGAAUACUCAACCCAGUUAUGUGAUGGCGUACCACUAGAUUUCUUAGAUAUUGAUAUAAAAACGAAAUAUAAGAUGACUAGUCCACAAUUUAUUAACCCCGCAAAUUGCAAAUUAUAGCAGCUGUGGGUCUUGCAACCAACAGUAUCCCUAACAAUCAUGGCUCAUCAAUGAUAAUCAUGUGAUCGACAUCUGAUAUCUCUAUCGCCAUGAAAGUAUAGAUGAGUUAACAAGCUACUAAAAAAAAUUCUACUAAAAGUUUUCCAAGUGUCCUGGUUUAUUUAAAUGAUGUAAGUUAUUUUAGUUGCUGACAAUAAUUUAAAAACCUAAAACAUAUUCUCAAAAUAUUCUCUACCUCUUACAUGUUAGAAGUGAAAUAUAUUUCAUGGAGCAAAUAUUUGAAAUGCAUUUUAUCUUGUGUUGCUACUACUAUGUUGGAGUUACAAAUUACAUCGGAAUAUCAACAUUGCCAGGACAGGCGUUACAGUUAGAGUGAGCUUUAAAGGGGUACUCCGCUGCUAGACGGAUAAGGGGUACUCCGCUGCUAGACGGAUAAGGGGUACUCCGCUGCUAGACGGAUUAGGUGUCUAGCAACUGAGUACCCCUUUAAAGCUCAGACCAACUGUAAUACCUGUCCUGGCAAUGUUGACAUUCAGAUGUAAUAUGUUUCUCCAACAUGGUAGCAGCAACACAAAAUAAAAUGCAUUUCAAAUAUUUGAUGUCUAGAUCUGAUCACGGGGGUCUGGCCUCUGGGACCCCCCGCAAUCUCUGUGCAGCACCCAGUGUUCUGAAAAUUAUAUUCAGAACGUUUGGUGCGGGUGGCCAUGGUCGUGAUGUCAUGCCUUGUCCCCUGGUGAUGUCACACCACACCCCUUGUGACAUCAUGCCACCCCCCCUCCAUUCAUGUCUAUGGAAGGGGGCGUGGUGACCACGCCCCUCCCAUAGACAUGAAUGUAGGGGGCAUGGCAUGCUGACACGACCACGGCUGCUCGCACCAAGAACGCUGGGUGCUGCAUGGAGAUUGCCAACUAGGGAUAGGGUAUAAGAUGUCUAGGGGCAGAGAAUCUCUUUAAGUUACCUUUAAUAAGUUUUUAAUGAGUCAUCUAAAAUACAUUUAGCACUAAAGGAAAAAAAAAUCUAAAAGUUCUAAAUAUUUUAUUGCAUUAUGAUUUACAUUUUUAAUGGAUCCUGCAGUUUGUUUAGCUAUUGACACAUAACGGUGGGAUAUAUUGGAAGGAACAUUUUCUAAAUGGUAUGUUCACACAUUGAGGUUUUUAAUUGCAAUAAUUGAAUACAGAGCCAGGAAAGGAUUUGAAAAGAGGAGAAGUCUCAGUCUUUUCUUUAUGUCCUCCAUUUAUGAUCUGUUCCUGACUUUGUAUUCAAUAACUGCAAUUGAAAACCUAAACAUGUGAACCAACAUGUGAACAAAGGCUCGAAGCCACUUGACCCAGAUUGAAAUGGACAUAAAACAUCAAUAAUCAAUGACGUGGGCUGUAUUGUUUUAUAUUAAAAUAUUUUGCACGUAGCUGGUCAGUCAAUAUAAGAAAUAGUGAUGAACAAGUUUACAGAUAAUCGCCAUUUUUGUCCUAUGCGCUAGAUAUUACUUGUAUUUUAGACAUUCCCUUAAUGUACAGUAAAUCUACAGUAUGCAUAAAAAAAACACUUAAAGGAAACCAAUCAGCAGAUUUUAUUAUAUAUAAUGCUAGACAAUGCGUUAUAUAUGCUAAAAUCGUUAUCCUCACCAUCCCCGGGGGACUUUUUUGCCCCCAGGGAUGGCAAAGAUAUUAAGUUAAUAUUAAGUCCCACCCGGCCACCCCGCAAGUAGUCCCCUGGGCAGGGACUUAUACUUACCAGCACCUGUCGCUCCGGCCGUGGUCCCAUCCCCCCGUCUUGAUUGACGCCUUGCAUUACCCCUCUGCUGGAGCAGAGCGAUGACACAAGCCGUCAAUCAAGCUGACGGGGCGGGGCCAUGGCAAUGGGGAGCAACAGGUGCUGGUAAAUAGAAGUCCCUGCUCAGGGGGGACUUUAUCUUCACCAUCACUGGGGACAAAAACGUCCCCUGGGGAUGGUGAGGAUUACAAUUUUAGCUUAUAUACCGCGUUGUCAAGUGUUUUAUUUGCUAAAAUCUGCUGAUUGGUUCCUUUUAAAGGUUCACACAGCCUGGACAAAGCUAAACACUAGUCCUACAAAAAUAACCUAAAAAUUCAGCAAGUGAUGUGAACGGAGUCACUUUGGCAGUAUUAUCUGUACAUGUUAAUCUUUUUAAUUGUCACUAUAUUCCCCAGGGCCCUUGGAGGGCAAAAACAAUAAUGUUGACUGACAAAUUUGAUGUGUGCCAAGUAGUGACAUUUAUUUGGAACUCACGUCAGAAACACGUUGUGAUGUAUACCUUGUUUUCUUAUAUUUCAUAAGCCAUGGUGCUAGCAGUUGCCAAAUAACUUCAACUUCACUGAUGCCACUUAUAUUUUCCAGUACAGUGGUCCCACAAAUUACCAUAUCAAUUGGUUUCAGGAUGAACAUUGUAAGUUGAAGCCAUUGUAUCUUGAGACCAUAAUUCUAUUGAAAACUGAUAAUUGGUUCCAGUCUUGCAAACUGUCAACCUAAAAUAAUGAAGAUCAAAGAAAAAAAUGACAAGAUAACCAAUAAAGAUAAAGCAACAUAUAGUUGGUAGAAGCUAUACAUCCAGGGGACAAGUACUGGGACAAAAAGUGAGGGAACUCACCCAAGACUUCCACUGAAAGGCUAGUCCUGCAGGACUUCUGCUAAUGGGAACGGUGUUCCUGCUGUGGAAAAAGUGCAGGAACUCAGUUCCCACAUGUUCCUGCAGGACUUGAGCCCUCUAUACAUCCCUUUAUACAUAUAAGGCAGGUGCUUCUUCAGGGUCACAAAGUGUACCGGAGAUACAUAAUGGAGCCAUCUAGUGUCCAAAGGAGCAGCUAGUCCUGAUACAGGUAAAGGACAGUUCAGAUACACUUCCAAAGAAUAAUGAAUGUCGGCACUCACCACAUCUUCCGUAUUUUCUUCUUUAUCCUGUAUACUCACAUAACGUAUUACAUAGGACAGGACGACACACACUGUUUGCUCCCACCUUGUGGUACCCCCCCCCCCAUGUAUGUCGUCCUGUCCUAUGUAACAUGUGAGUAUACAGAAUAAAGAAGAAAAUACGGAAGAUGUGGUGAGUGCCGACAUUCAUUAUUCUUUGGAGGUGUAUUUGUCAAGUUGAAGCUGUUGUCAGAGCACCACGCUAUAUUCCACAACAUUGAAGGCUAUUAGUCACAUAUCGGCGAAGUACAGGUCCUGGUGGGACGUAGUACCGGACUAUUAUCUGUUUCUGUUGUAUAAAGAACAGAUCAGUAUUGCACUAUACUGUGGGGAGGCACUACAGUGUAUGUACUUCAAUUAUACAUGGGUUUUUCCAGUGAAAUGCCCACUCUGAUUUGUUGGACAUUCCAGCCAUUGACAUGAGCCAUGGAUCUGGAGUCUGGACUGUUUCUAACAUUGUAUGUUUAGUACAGUUUUGAGUUACAAUGGUCAAGAAAAGACCAUUAUAUGUUGAAAAUAUUGUAACCUGAAGCCAUUGUAAGUUGAGGGGCCACUGUAUUUCUAUAAUUUAAUUUAUAGAUAUGUGUAUGUGUUCACUAUGUAGCAUUCACCAUUGUCAAUACUGAGUAGGCAGUCUUCACAGUCUUCAGUCGUCAGGUCACGCCUCCUCAAUGCAAGUCUAUGGGAGGGGGAACCACACCCCCUGCCAUAGACUUGCAUUGAGGGGCGUGGCGUGACAUCACGAGGGGGAGUGACCGACCCCGCAGCGUGCAAACAGCAUUCAGAACUAAAUGUUCCGAACGCUGGCCAGUGGAGUACCCCUUUAAAAAGAAAACAAGGUUGCCUUUUACAAAAAACAGUGUCACACUUGUCCAUGAGUUGGGUGUGGUAUGGCCGCUCAGCCCUAUUCUUUUCGAAGGAGCUGACCUGCAAUAACAAACACAACCCAUGGGCAGGUGCGGCAGUGUUUCUAGAAUAAAAGAGCCAUGUUUUUUCUACCUUUGUACAACCCUUUUUACCGUACCACCAUGGUUACAUUAGCAUAUUGCUGAAGGCUGCCUGCUCUAAUGUAUUUUGUGAUGCCAAUGUUGAUAAAAUAUUUUGCCAAAAAACUGUACAAUGUUUUUGUUUUAACAGUUUUACAUGCAAUGUGUAAUAGAUUCUCCAUUGAAAAGUUCUAUUAUGAAUCAGUAGGAGCUCAGACGCCCAAAACACAACCUACAUUUAGAGGACUGUAGAGGCAAUGCCCUGUUGGUAACUCCUAUCAUUUCUGUAAUCACUAAUCAGCAACUUUUUCUUGCUGAUUAGAGGAGACAUUUAAUGGAGACAUAGCAGGAAAGUAUUUAUGAUGAAAUGCGGUGCAAUGCAGGUAGGGCAUAACGCCAUGAGACUAGAAGCUACGUGGCUGUGCUCCAACCCUGGCUAAGAAGUGGCAUGGCCAUUAAGCAUUUGCAUAAAACCCUGACAAUUCUCCUCUAGUGUACACAGCUGACCUUCCCUGGAUAAUAAGGUCCUUCCUAGAGUCUUAUAUCACUCGAUCAACAAACAGUAGCAUGCAGGAAUCCCACACUGACUCCCUCUUGCCAAAUGACAAGGGCAUGUUAUAAGGAAUAUAUAUACAGAAAUGUAGGGGAGGAGGUGAGGGAUUGAAUGCAUUCCAUUUUGUAUUUUUGGCAUGAACGAAAAUAAAGUUUGACAAUGCAUGG